AUGUCGAGUAUCAACUCGACGGCGGAGGUCAAUCUGCUCAUCUAUCACUACCUCAAGGAAUCAGACUUCCGCCAUGCUUGCUUCUCAUUACGACAUGAGAGCAGACUGGACGAGGAACCACUCAGCAAAGAGGCAGUCGUCGAACCGGGGAGGCUAUUGAAGAUUCUACAAAAGGGACUCGUAUACAUGGCCGUCGAGGCUCAUGUCAAUCCCGACGGAUCAGAGAAGGCUUGUUCGGCUCCUUUCCAUCUAGUCGGUCCUCCUCACGUCUGUGAUGGCAAGGCCCGGCGUCAACCCUCGGUCCAACCAGAGCCUCAGCGUCUCACACCGGAGCCGCGGCCACAGGUCGUCUCCUCUCAUAUCGAGGCUGCUUCGCAGACCGAUCCUGUACAAUCGCGGAGAGCUUCAAGCAGAGCUCCAUCGCCGGUUGAGAGUCGGCCGAAUGGCAAGCAUACGGCUUCGAACGUAGCAUCAUCCUCAAAGAACAAGCUGGACGCCGAGGAGUCCGUCGAGGCGAGCACGACGAAGAGGAAGGCGUCCGCCAGCAAUGGCUCGUCGAGGGAGGAGAAGCGCUCCAAAAAGGCGGCAACAGAGGAAUCCGAGCCUACUGGAGUCGGCUCUUCGGCGAAGCGGCUACCAAAUGGAGCAAGACAUCAAGAUGCGGAGGAGAAGGGGGAAGACGAGGAAGGGGAUGUAACUCCUCGCUUGACAGCGACGGCUCAGAAUGGCAAAGCCAGCAGUCCUUCACCGCCGAACAAGGCGAAGGGCAAGAAGGCAAGCGAAGUGACAGCGGGCGGCAAGGUCGGCAGCAAGACUGCUGGCAGCUCAAAGAAGAGCAAGAAGAAGAAGCAGAAGCGUAGCGGGACAGUCGAGAACGAGGACGAUGAGGAGGCAGCCACAAGAUCUGACGCUGAGGAGGUACCGACUUCUAAGAACCCUCGCAAGGUAGCUGGAGCUGCAAUUGCCAGUAACUCAUCUCAGCCGACAGGCCCACCUCUCACAGGCAAGGCGAAGGGCAAGGAGAUCGCCAGCGACGAUAUCACCACUCUCGUGGGUCACUCUGCCGAAGUCUUCUCUUCUGCUUGGAACCCUACCGUUCCAGGCCUGAUUGCAUCGGCCGGUGGAGACGCUACUGUUCGCAUCUGGGAUCUGCCGGCAAAGGGCGCGUCUCCCGAUGCGCCAGCUAUCUGCAAGCAUCUGCCUACUACUCAUGCCAAGGACGUCUCUGCGCUGGAAUGGAAUCCUGACGGCACUCUUCUUGCUAGCGGGUCCUACGAUGGUAUACUCCGUCUGUGGACUCCGCAAGGUGACCUGCACCUCGUGAUGUCGAUGCAUCAAGGACCCAUCUUCAGCGUCAAGUGGAACCGUAAGGGCACUAUGUUGCUCACGAGCUCAGCCGAUGGAACAGCUAUUGUCUGGGACCUCUCGUCCGGCAAAGUGCGCCAACAAUUCCCUGUCCAUUCAGACGGCGUGCUAGACGUUGACUGGCUGGUGAACAGUCGGUCUCAGGGACCCUCGAGUACCCGCAACGACAUGACAUUCGCUACUGCAUCCGCAGACAACAGCAUCAACCUCUGUCGAGUUGGAGAGACGAAGCCGAUCCGGACGCUGAGAGGGCACGAUGAUGAGGUGAAUGCGCUCAGGUUUGACGCCAGCCAGACGCUUCUCGCUAGCGCUUCUGACGACAAGACGACGAGGAUAUGGAGCAUCGAUGGCAACGUUCUGGGUGACUCGUCCUCUGAGUCUUCGUCGAGACCUAAGCGAGGUUCUGCAGGUCUGUCAAAAGGAAGAGGCGGCUCAGUAGCUCUCGAUGCUUCAGCAUCGAUGGACGUUGACAAUCGAUCCGACGAAGAUGACGCUGCUGCCGAGAUGCGCGUCGGCUCGAGUAAUUCCGGCUCCCUUGACAAGAAUGGCAAAGCCAUCUGUCAAUUCGUCCUUACCGGUCAUACAAAGGAGAUCUACAAUCUGCAAUGGGCUCCCACAGGGCCUGGCACGGCCCAAUCCACGCAGCCCCGCAUGCUUGCGACGGCUUCCUUUGACAAGACCGCGCGGAUCUGGAAUGCCGAGGAUGGGACGUGCUUGAGAGUGAUAGAGGAGCACUCCGACUGCGUCUACUCAGUUUGCUGGAGUCCGGAUGCUAGGUUCCUCGCAACGGGCAGUAUCGACCGGAAAGUCCUGGUGAACCGGGUCAAGGACGGGGCAAUCGUCAAGGCGUACGUGGCUGGCGGUCCUGUCUUCGACGUCACAUGGCAUGUCUCACAGCCAAAUGCUAGCUCGAGCGGAGCCGCUGCUAUCAAGGGCGAAGCGGCUGCCGAGGAAGGGGAGGGCAGUGAUGCUGCCAAGAAGGCCAAGAGUGGAGGCGCGGCAGCUGCCAAGGGUAGUGCAGCCGCUUCGUCGUCGAAUGGCAGCGCCAGUGGAGGUACACACCAGCUGGGCAUUAGUCAAGCCGACAAGAGGCUCACCAUUCUAGAUCUUGGCCGGCUAGACGAAGAGGAGGAAGGGACCGAAGAAGGUGGCGAGCAAGCGACUCAAGGCGACAAGACGAAGAUGGAGGAAUGA